UUCUCUCUCUUUCGGGGUCAUGCGUUCGGUCUGGCAGCAUGCUACCUAGCUCGCAAGGCGGCUAGGUCGAGCACACCAUUGUAUGUAGUGUUCUUCAGAAUGUAGAAAGCUGUGGUGGAGCUCGCAGUCACCAAGAGAUGGCGCUAUGUCGUGCGCAGGCAACAGUGGGGUCGCAUGUGGAAAUGAACUCCAACAGCGCCCCGUACCUCUGUCGUUAGGUAACGUGGCCCUGACGCCAUGCUUCCGUGUCGUCGACGUUGUUACGCAAUGGUGACCUGAUGUGGAAGGGAUCGGUGGGGGAGGAGCUCCAUCACCUGGAGGGGGAGCGCGCCAUCCACACGGAUCCCGAAGAGACGCGGCGCCGACGGACCAUCCUCCUCAUCCGGAAGAACAACUCCUGGGGCUUCACACUGCAGACCUAUGGGAUUAAGAACAAGAAGACUGGCACAAUAGAUGUCAUGACCUAUGUAGAUUAUGUUGAAAUGAAUGGGCCAGCAUGGAUUGCGGGCAUGCGUAAAGGAGAUGUGCUAUUAUCUGUCAACGGUGGAUCAGUGGAAGGUCUGAAACAUCAAGACCUAGUUGCGAAGAUACAGGAAAGCACUGACAACCUUAGACUGGUGGUGCUGUUUGAAGAUUGUUGCCGCAAGGUGGAGCUAUAUGAAAGGUUCAUCAAGCUCAAGCGAAUCUUGUCACAAAAGAGACGAGAAUUAAGACGCCUUGAGGAUGAAGAAAUCCUAAUAUACUCUAGACGACAGCUUAGCCGUGCAAGCAUGUUUCGGGAUAGCACACGAAGUUCUACCUCAAGUGACUGGGAUUGCUACAGUGAGGUGGCAUCACCUGCAGCCUUGGAAUCCAUCAGUCCAAACAGAAAGGUGUGGCAGCAACAUUUUUUCACCAACAGCACAGAGACCCUGGACACAAGCAGUGAACUUUCUUUUGAUAAUGCAAGCCUUUUUGCCUCACAUGAAAGCCUCUCCCACAGAGCUUCUCGAGAGAGCCUUUCCAGCAAUUCCAUCUCAUUGCAAAACAACAGUGUAGACAGCGACAGAGAAAGUUUCGAGAAAGGAGCUGUUGGCGGAUGUGACGCUGGCAUUGGUGAUGUGCAGUUGCCUGCAUCCACAAGGCAAUAUUUGCCAUUAAACCCGAAUCAGGAGAGCAUUGGGAUGGAGGCAGCUAUUUUAAGGCAGCCAGCAGCAAGAGAGGACAAGCAAGUGGUGGACGAUGCACAGCUGGAGACACAUGGGGGUAGGAAACGGCCCAGGUCAAGUUCUUUGCUGCUGAAUGACAUGCGUAUGAAGCUUCUUGCAGACAAUGUUACCUCUGUUGCCAGUCGUGCAGAGAAGGGGUCUGUUAAUGGGGAGAACAUAGAAGAUGAAGCUAGUGAUGAAGGCAGGGAGGCAUGUGCCAUGUCAGAGGAAAAGGAGGCUGCAGACUGUUUGGUUGGCAAACUUUAUUGUGGUGUCCGCAUCAAUGAUAAGGAUGAAAAUACUCGCCUUUGACUGUGACAACAUUUAGGCUGUGACAUUAUCUGCGUGUGUGUGUGUGUGUGUUGUUUUAAAAGUUUGUAAAAAAAGUCUGCUCCUCACCUAUUCCAACAGUGGCUGCUUUUUUUUGUCUUCACAUGUGCUAUGUCUCUUUAUAAAAUGUGGGUAACAAUGACAGUUGCAUUCCUGUUUUUAAGUUGCAGUAUAUUGAAGUUCUUGCAUAACAAAAAAAAAAAAGGUGGUUUGAGUUUGAAAGAAAUGUGAAAGUUCAUCUUUCUGGCAGCAUCAUCACUUCCUCUAUAUCUUCAGUCCAAAAUGGUACUACUGGCUAUGCAAGCUACUUUUGUUCAUGCCCCUGUGACAAGGAAAGGAAUCUGAGUGAAAUGUUUGCCAACAUGAUACUUUGGUUGGCUGACUAUUUUUUACCUUAAUCUGGCAUGUUAUCUUUUCCAUGGUUUGUCAUUUUUAAACCCACCUAGAACAUAUAGUGCUCAACUGAAAAAUGAGCCUAAGAUGUUCGAAAAGGAAAAUAAGACACAAAACAAAAUAUUUAACAAAUGUUUUAAUCAUGCAAAAAAUAAUAAAACAGUGGCACAGUUUCUUUAGACCUUAAAAUAAAGUGUCAUGGCUAACUUUAAUGUGCACUUAAAAAGAUUAAAACAAGUGUUUGCAAAAGGUUUAGUUUAUACACAAAGAAGCUGUACACCUUUAGAUGAAGAAAUGGCAAUGGUGGAGUUACAUUAUUUGUGCACUAAAAAAGAUGUUGUAUUGAAGGAAAUUCUCCUUCAUGCUUUGCUUUUGAUCAUAUUUUGAGUCUGAAUCUGUUUAAAAAGUGUCUGAGGUAUAUACAAUUACUGAUAAAUCAUAUCAAUCCAUUGUUUCUCGCUCAGAUUGAUUUAUGUCCCUUAGCUAAUGCUGUUUAGCUCACAGGGUUGGGAAGGAAAGAAUAUGGGUAGAAGAAUGGGGUAACAUUCCAAAGGAUGCAUUUAAUUGCUUAGUACAUUAGCACAGAUUUUUAAUUGUAGUUAAACUAACAAAAACUGUAAUGUGGGAAAGGAACAAGGCUGUGGACAAUAAUUACCAUAUGUCAUGCAUGAAUUAAGUUGCAAGAUCCUGUUUGUAGCACCUGACAUAGUGUUAAUAUUUUGAGCAUUGCUGCUGAAAGAAGAUGCUUUAAAGAUGUGUGAACAUUGUUUUCAACUAUUUGUAAAAUUUAUGUGUGCAAUUACUUGUACCAUAUUGAGGGACAUUGAAGAAUGCAUGUGGCUUGUGUAUUUUUUAUUUAUUUUUAUAUAAUAGCCUUAUUUUAUUUUUUCAGCAUUUAUCAAAAUUGAGUUAUGCAUAUCAGGAACUUGAAUAAGGUCUUGUAUCAGCAUUCCUGAAGAAGGAAAUAUAAUCUAGUCAUACAAAAACUUUUUAAAAAAAAUUCAAAUAUUUAUUAUGAAAUUCUAACAAUCUGAUGUAGUCACGUAUGUCCGUUGAUUUUUUUUGUGUUUUUUUAAACAUUAGAAAGCUUGAUUCAGUUGCUAACAGUGACUAAUUCCCUCACUCAAAAUUGUCUCUUAGUAGGCAGGUACAACGCUGUCUUGUGUAACUCUCCUUCCUGGCUUGCAUCAUUGCUUCCUGGCUUAUCUGAAGCAGCCACUGCAGAAACUUAGAGUCAACACAUUUUCACUAAUUGCAAGGGCAGCUAUUCUGUUAGGCCAUAAAGUAAUUAGGUAAUUGCCCAUUGAUUCUCAACAUACCAUCUCAUUUAUUAGCAAGUGGAUGGUCCCUGUAAUUCCAGGCAAGUUUGUGAGAAAGGUUACCACCUGUUAUUAAUAAGCUUUUGUUUUGUUAGUACUAUCCAGACUCUUAACUCGAAUUGAAGCUGUCUAUAAACCAUCAGCAGUGCUCAACAAAACUGCAGGUUCUUAAUAUCAGGGAAUACACCAUGUAAUUGACUCAGUGCAUCUCCUUUAACUAUGACACCCCAUCUAACAGAAAUAGAAAAAUAAUAUGCUGUACAAACAUUUGAUCUAUUGAAGGCUUAGAUUCCUUAAUCUGCCACAGGCUCUGCUAGAUGGAAGAAAUCUUUCACUAGUAUUCAUCUGUUAGACAAUCCCAUUUAUAGAUCACUAGCAUUAUUAUAAAGUCAACUGAAUGAAAGCAGGUUUUUCAUUCUCUGUGCACAUUGAGAAUCUAAUUCAUCCAGACCAUUUCCCUUCACAGUAGGAAAACAAACUGGGCAACAUAAAUGUGUGACAGCAUAUGAAAGCAAAGAGUGUGUGUUUAGGCAGAUGGUUAACCUUCAGUGAAACAGGAUUUUUUGAGUGAAAGUGAUGGUUCUUUAAAUCAGAAUAACACAUAAUGUCAGAAUUGUAAUAUUUUGCUGCAUAAUUGUUACAAGCAAAGCUAAAACUUUUUAUGUACUUAAACUGUUUUACUGACUUUUUGUAAGGAUUUAUGAUGUGGUUGGUCCAAUAUUAAACUUUGUAUUUGCAACUCAGCCUCAUUGUGAGCGUCCAAUUUUGAUAAACUGCUCACUUGGUUUUGAUAUUACUUGCCAAGCAUAUUAACUUGACAGGAAGCUUUUUUUGUGUUUGUUUGAGGCUGUCAAAAUACAAAAUAAGUCAAAAAAACUAAAGGAGUUUGUUUCGCACAAGAAAGUUUGCACCUAUCUAUAUGUAUAUAUAAAUAUAUUUUAUCAAGAAUCACAUUCCAUGGUUUUGUAUAAACUUUGUUUCAGCCAGUAAGUUUGAUGAAAACAAAUGCAUCAUAAUGUUAAAAUAUUCAGUUUUCAAGCAUACUUAAGAUGACAUCAUUUUAUAAUGCAAAGUAGCCCUUUUUUCGUCUGUGAUGCAACUACUGUCAAGUUUCAUUGAAGAAAGUACCCAUACAUGUUAGUUGUAUUAUUAUUGUAAACCUGUUCACUUAAUCAAAAUGUCUACUAUUUCAUUCAGUGCUUUAAGAAAUUCACAAUGUGCAGAGGUUUGCUGUUUUACAGUGACAUUUACAAUAACUUCUUUACAGGGUGAACAGCUCCACACCUUUCAUGCCAGCAAAUGCAAGGUUAGCAUAAGCCUCACCUGUCACUUACAAAUGAUAAUGUUUGUAGGCUGUGUUGUUGUGGCCAUAUUAGUCUGGCUCAUGUUUGGUGUUUUGACCUAGUACUCAAACAGAUAAAUAAGACAUGUAACAGCUUUACCUUUCAAAAUUAAUGUUGUCUUUCAGAAAGAGAGUGUACGAGAGAAGGAUGAAGGUAAAGAAUUAAAAAUAAUGAGAUGGAUUGUUUUAAAGUAGCAUUUUUUUUAAGGGUGUUGCUCACUAGAUUUUGUAAAGGAUGUUGCAGUACUGCUGUGUAAGGUGUAUAAGUAUUGGUAUAAAAGAAUGAUCAUUGUCAAGUAACUAAUGUGCUUAUGACUAUGUCAUGGCAAUACGUGCAUGUUCAUGGGCAAGAAAUACACAGUAAAUAUUCAGU